CGGCGCCGCUAUAAGAGGCCGCGCUCGCGCCCCACGCGGAGCCCGCGGCACAUCCCGGUGCACGCACCCCGGCCGGCCUGGCACCCGGGGCCCGACCCCUGCUGUCGCCUCCAGCCCGGGGCCUGCGAGGGCCCCCGCCCCGGGGCCCCGCCGCACACCAUGGGCGCUGCCCACUCGGCGUCCGAGGAGGUGCGGGAGCUCGUGGGCAAGACCGGCUUCUCCUCGGACCAGAUUGAGCAGCUCCAUCGGCGGUUUAAGCAGCUGAGUGGAGACCAGCCCACUAUUCGCAAGGAGAAUUUCAGUAGCAUCCCCGACCUGGAGCUCAACCCCAUCCGAGCCAAAAUCGUCCGUGCCUUCUUUGACAACAGGAACCUGCGCCGGGGGCCCAGCGGCCUGGCCGAGGAGAUCAACUUUGAGGACUUCCUGGGCAUCAUGUCCUACUUCCGGCCCAUGGACACGGGGCUGGACGAGGAGCAGGUGGAGCUGUGCCGCAGAGAGAAGCUGAGAUUUCUAUUCCACAUGUACGACUCGGACAGCGACGGCCGCAUCACCCUGGAAGAGUAUCGAAAUGUGGUGGAGGAGCUGCUCUCGGGGAACCCCCACAUCGAGAAGGAGUCUGCCCGCUCCAUCGCCGAUGGGGCCAUGAUGGAGGCGGCCAGCGUCUGUGUGGGGCAGAUGGAGCCCGACCAGGUGUAUGAGGGGAUCACCUUCGAUGACUUCCUGAAGAUCUGGCAGGGGAUUGACAUCGAGACCAAGAUGCACGUGCGCUUCCUCAACAUGGAGACCAUGGCUCUCUGCCACUGACCGAUCUGGACACCCCAUCCCCCAGGCAGCUCCCUGGGGCGUGGUAUGUGGACUCUGCAGUGGUUUUUCUCAAAUAAAAUAGAGACGGGUUUGGUUAUGAA